AUGAAUCUUCUCCUUCUGUUGGUUGGUCUGGGGCUUGCAGGAGCUUCUCCUCUAGAGGACCACAAGGUGUGCCAGCCACACUCCAGACCCUGGCAGGUCCAUCUGAAAGGUGGAGGAGUGUCCUGCAGUGGAGCGCUCAUUAACGAAUGGUGGAUAGUAACUUCCUUUGACUGUACACCCACAUCGUACACCACCAUUGCAUCUCUUGGGGAACAUGACGUGACGGUGUAUGAGGGCACUGAGCAGCACAUUUAUGUUGCUGAUGUAAUCCGUCACAGUCCCUACCGCUCACCCCUCCACAGCCUCACGCUGGUCCGUCUGGAGACACCCGCCCGCUUCAACAAGUACGUCCAGCCCAUCCCUCUGCCCAGCCGCUGCCCUCAGCCUGGGGAGAUUUGCCAUGUCAGUGGCUGGGGAUCCACCAUCCCGAAUCAAUAUGAGCCCUCUCCACGCCUGAGGUGUAUAACUGUGCCUGUUGUGGAUGACCAGACUUGCAUGAACACGUUCCCCGAGUUCCUGUUCUGGAGCCCGGGCAUGGUCUGCGCUGGACAAGCAAACACAGAUAACUGCAUGUAUGAUAGUGGCAGUGUGAUGGUGUGCAAGGGCCAGCUGCAGGGUGUGCGGUGGUUCAGUCACGGCUGCAGGAAUCCAGCUGACCCCACCGUCUACACCAAGCUGUGCAAGUACAUUAGGUGGAUCAACAAUGUGAUGGACCGCUACGUGCCCACUCUGACAACUGAAACCACUCCAGUGAUGAUGACAUGA